AUGGCGGACCAGUUCGAAACAGAGGACGCUUCAAAGCGAGUCCUGGUAGCCAAGAAGAUGCUGAAGACGAUGGGAUUCCACGAGGAAAUGUUGAGAAGCAUCGUCACAUCGUGGCUUGUCCCCCAGCUCAGAACAGAAAUUACCCGCGAACCGGGCAAAAGCCUCACCAGGAUCCAAGAUGUCGGUUUCUUAGCAAAGACUCGCUCUGACGGGCUGAGGCCUUACCGGAUGUUUGAUAUCACCGACCGCAUGUUGGUUGAUGACAUUGAUCCAACAGCGCCGUACUGUAUGGUAUCGCAUCGGUGCAAGGACCCAGAAGUCGAUCUUGAUCUGCUUCGAGCAGCCAGAGACGAUGUGUCCCAGUCGUAUCCAGUGUGGUACAAGCCGGAGCGGACUGAUGUCGAAGUGAUUCUCAAGUACUGCAAGGAAAAGGUAACGCAGCAAAGGAAAAACGUCAACGGCUGCGCAGUGAAGAGCAGACUCGAUGAGAAGCUUGCCGAGCAAGGCUGCUAUGUCGCCUCUCUCCUAAAGAUGCAUCACCAAAGCAAAAAGGUCCAUGCCGAGAUUACAGAAGCCAAGGCUGAUCUAGAGAAGAUCUUGCGCGACCAGAAAGUCUCAGAUAUGGAGAGCAAGGCAUACCGAGAUCUCAACAAAAAGGCAAAGAGUGGUGGAGCUGAAAGAACCACAACAACAUCCCUCGUGGAAGCUGAUAGCUAUGUGUUUGUAAGAAGCAACAACAAUGAACACAAGAAAGCCGUCAAGGCGGCCUACGAGAGGCUUUUUGACGCAGAGUGGGAGAGAGACAGAGAGGCGGAGGACCUGAAGUUUGAUGCGCUCAGCCGCGAUCUUCGAGAGGCGGUGGAGGAAAUGAUUCGUUGCUUACGACUGUGGAGAUCUGCCAUCAAGAUAGAGCAGUUGAUAUUGAAGGCUGAGCAAAUCUUUGAUGGUGGUCUGAUGGCGGGCCAGAAGCAACAGAAGUGCUACCUGUGGCUUGAUACCUGCUGUAUCGACAAGAGCAACCACAAUGAACACUCUGAAACCAUGUCGCUCAUGGGAGACUGGUAUGCACAGUCCUCAUUCACCCUGGUUCACCUGGACACUGGCAUAGACAAGUCGCCAAAAGGAUCUGACGCAGAGGUCCAUUGGAACGAAUACCUACAAACAGAUGGCGAUCAUCACAAGCUGGUCUCGCUUCCAGAUCAGGAACAAGAUCGCAUCCAAAAUUAUCGAGACAUUGGCAAUGGCUCGGAAGUUGAGUGGUCUACAAGGGGGUGGACGCUGCAAGAGCUGGUGAUGAGCCGAAUGACUUACUUUGUCAACGCCGACUGGAAGUUGCUGCCUCGACCUGUGGAGAGUCUAGGACGACUAUACCACCUCAUACCGUAUAUCGAUCUAUACACCGAGGCACUCGACGCCAAGCCUGGUCAACAUACCUGGCGGCCCGAAAUUCUGAUGACCGCGCUGCUCAAUUCGGGGGCGGUGGCUCCAAGCGAUGCGACGAAGGUUGUAUACCCUAGGAUACAGAGGGAAUCGGAGCCAGAUGAGGCGGAAGUUGAAGACGACACACAAUCGCUGAGCAACCGGCUCCUAACGUCUAUUGCUAUGCCAUGGAACAUAGUGGACACGAUGUUCCACGUUAUCAAGCCGGAACCAACCAAAAGCGAUACCAAGGAAGAACAAGACCUGCGAGCCGACUUGCUGCGCGAGAUGUCGGUUCUUUGGGACCCGUCUUUGGCAAGUCGAUUUCCUCAGAAGACGGCAAGCGAAGAGAAGAAUGGAAAGCAGAAGCUUUUCCAGGUUCCUGAGCACCCUUUCCCUCAGAGUGGUGCGGAUGCUGAGGAUAGGGUAUUGCGUGCGCUGUCUCUCAUUAAGGCUCUGGAGCUGGUGGGCUUUUGUUUUCCCAAGGACCUCUCCCGUGAGACCGCUAGAUCUGAAAUGGCUCAGGCCAUUUACUUUGCGGCUGUGGGACUGAUUGAAUGUUACGAUGAGACGCGGUUCCCAAUCGUUGUUCAGAAAAAGAGGAGGGAAGAGAGCAACAACAAACCAACUGAUGCUGAAGUGAAGGCUUUGUCAAAACUGAAAAGGAAAGCGGAGAAAAGAGUGAAGCUUGAGAUGAGAAAAAAGCUGUUCCAAGAGCUGCUUGAGUCCUUCCCUGAAGUUAAGCAUCGUUAUUCCGUCGACGGCUUCGAACGCACUGAAGAGAAAGAGGAAGCCUUUUCCAACAUCCUCGCCCACAUAUUGCAUGUUCUGGUAGGGGAAGUCAAGCCUCUGAUACGAGAGGAUCGAAGUUUCAUCGCUCAAUUUGCAAACAUCACCUCUCUGGACGCGUGGAUAGCGGGAACGAAGAGAUACGGAUUCACCACUCAAGAAGUCAUGGCCCUGGCGUGCCAGCGGAAAACUACGAAACCAUUCGAUCGCGCAUAUUCGCUCAUGGGCAUCUUGGGCGUUCGGUUUCCGACAUUCUCGGCCGAAGGCUAUGAAAAAGCACUGUGUCGACUCCUGGAUGAGGCGAUUACUACACACAACGACGUCUCCGUCUUCAACUGGACAGGCUAUGAUGCAGGGAACCCGACGCGAGGGCGCUCAAUGUAUCCAUCGACGCAAGAGGCGUACAGAGCGGGAAAUGGCAGGCUUCACAACCGAAACUCCCUUGCAGAAGUCGAAAAGGACAAGAUGGUGAGAACUACACGCUCAUAUCAUGCCAUCGUCGCCCUGUUACGCGAUACAAUCGACUUUCUCAAGAAGACUACUCCUCCAAAGCAGGAAGUCGAAUGGAUACAAGCGAUCGCUACCAUUGUUCAACACCUCAAACUGCAAGACUUGAGAUCUCCAUCGGCCAAUCAGUCAAAGCUGGAUAUAGUUGGAAGCCAGGCCAGUAGCCAAAGUAGAAAGGACGCGCUGCCACUUGAGCUUGAGAUUGUCAGCAAGUUCAUCGGAUGGAUCAUCAAUCCUUCCAGCAGGCCAGCUUACAACCCAAGCAAUGAAUCUCUGGAGGGAACGAUACGCGUCGCUCUCGAACCGGAACCUGAGCCAGUGCCUGUCCGUGCGGUCGAUACACUCGAUUGUAUCGAUGAGCAACAGGAGCCUGUCUCUCCGAUUACAGACCAUGAGGUUGUUCCGUCAGAUGAUGUAUCUGCGAUAGUCCCAACUGAGAUUCCCUCGCCCGACGAGAACAUUGAGGAGCAGAGCCCUCCUUUAGGUAGAAAGAGCAGAUUCGUCGAGCAGCUCUCUGAAGCAGGCCCUGCUACAGAGGCAUCUACCGCCUCUUCGCAAGACACGUCACGGACUGAGGUUACAAAUCCACAUGAGAACAUCACCAGAUAUUUACAGAAUUGGGCCAUGGCCUUGACUCAGGGAGCCAAGCUCGAUGAGGAAUUUCUCACAGAUCAAUUGCCACCACAAGUUCGAGGGAUUCGAUACAGAGUCGAGGAGCCGCAGCAAGACAACUCCAUUGUCGAAGACCUUGGCGCUGGCUACUCGAACAUGGCCUCACCGCAUCCGAUCAUCGUGACCAAUGCAGGGAUCGAGGGCAUUUUCGACGUUCAACGAGUGAUCAUCACAAUGGCAGAUAUGGAGGGCCUUCGGCAACAAGUCGAGCACACCACCAGUGGAGACCAGAUACUAUCCGGAUAUUGCUCCAUCAGCACUGGUUUCGCGCAGGUCAUUGUCCGAUUCUCGUGCAAGAGCAGUCUUGUGAAGAAACAAUUAGAGGUCAUUGACGGGAUUGACUUGACCGCUACAAAGGAGGAGAUCAAGAAAGUGGAGAAAAAGAAGGAACACAAAAUCACUGCCAAGGGCCUGUGGGAUAAGAUGAAAAGGGACAAGAAGAAGAAGAAGAAGAAAGGGAAAGAGGAGGAUGACGACGACCUAGAGAGCGAGAUGCUGGAGUCGACGACUCUGGACGACCCUGAUAACAAUGCAGAAGCAGAGAAAGAAGUGCCGGAGAACCAACAGGGCCAUGAUCUGGACGAAAAGAGGACCAUCAGCGGCAUGAUUAAGUUUAUCCAGGAGGACGACUUGCGACUGGUAGCAGGGGAAUGGGUGCUCGCGAGGUGCUCAGGUGUGUCCAAUGCCAAUUGGUUCCUCUGCCAUCUUGAACUGGGCUCGACGCAUCCAUUCUACGGUUAUCGCAUUCCGACAAGUGAGAUAAAAUUCGACAGUUGCACCCCCGAAGAUGGUCUGGUCAAUGCGUGGAAUACGUAUAUGAACCGGAAGAAGGAGGAGAUGUGCAAGAUUCUGACAAUGCUCCUCAAGUCCAAAGAGCGUAAGCUCAAGAGGAGGAAACUCGUUGGCCGCAUACUGCGCGAUCUCAAGACGGUGGAGGAGAGGGACGAGGAGGAAUAUGACCCUGGGGAGAGUCGGGAAAGCUUAGCGGACAGGACUGAAACCAACGACAGCCACGUCGAUCACGCACAGAACGAGUACGAUUAUGUGGACGAGUACCCUCGAGAGAGAAGCGAGAUGCCGCAGAUGAUGCCGCCAAACUCGGAGUUUCACUCCCAGGAUUCUGCACUCAGCGUAGUGCAGGACGACAUGUGGUCUGCCCCCUUUGAUCCUCAAUCGCAAUUCACUGCUUCAAGCUACGAGACUCCAGACAUGUUGCCCAACCAAGAACUCCGGCCCGAAGACUCGGUAUCCAAUAUCGGAGAUCAAGACGCCAGGCCAACUUCGCGACCGCCAUCUAUCCGCAGUUCCACUACAGUCACCGCAUCCACGGCAAGAGACGCCGGCGAUGACGACGAGAAGUCGCACUUUUGGGAUAUUCUACCGUUUAUAGAAAAGGUUGCGGAGACCAAGGCCAAGCAUUUCGACAAGCAUUUAAGUGCUACCGUGUUGAAGAAUACGCCGCCGGUCCUGAGGCAAGCGAUUGAGAAUCUAAAUGAGGGGAGGGACUUUUUGCCGACAAUGUUUCACUCGGCGAAGAAGAUUCAUAUGUUUACUGUAGCUAUAUGGUGCUUGCUUGAGGACUUUUCGGGGAAAUUCCCAGACCCUGUCAUUUCAUGGAUGCUCUCUUCCAAGAGCUUCGUUGCUCUGAUCCCACUAGAAAAUUCCACUGCACCUAAAUACAGUAAGCUGCCCGAAGAUGGAGGCUCGAACCCAGUCUUCAAGAAGAUACUCUACCCGUCGAAAGACAACCUCUGCGACGCCUGUCGCCGCAUCUCAAUUCCUUCACUGACUGCCGAGCUCGCUUCUCCCCCGAGAUUCUGGAGGGAGAUGGAGCUAGAGAAUGUCAUGCCGAUAACGUCCAAGUAUGGCAUGCGCCUUUUUGAGAAUGCAUUGGACCUCACCAAGAGAGUCAGAUCAUGUGCCAUGUGCUGGCUCAUCGCAAACGCAUUCACAAUGCAGUAUCGAACCCUUCAGGGCAUUGCUGAGAGACCAAUCUUCCUCAGCCCGUGGUGGACGUAUGGGACGGCUACGCCAAUGACCUCGAACCCGGUGGAGGACCAAUUCCCGCUGAUGGGGAUGCUGAUCUGGAUACCUGUUGACGACCAUCCGCAUGCUACUCCGCGCGAUGGAUAUGUCCCUUGCACGCUGCGAUUCUAUACUGAUGACGUUGGCAGAGUCCCAGUUCCCUAUACCGGGAGUCCGCAGAUACUUGCUCGUCUGCGGCACCAACUCGCCACAUGCCGGGAGAACCAUCCAAAAUGCCUCGAGACAGUCGCAGGCCCUCCAUUUGAGAGAGAGAAAGAGCCGAUCCUCCCAACACGCGUCCUCGAUCUCAGGCCACAGAGUUCUGGCAUUGAGAAGGAUGAUGAAUCCGUUCGUCUGAUCAAUACAGAGGGCUCUCGAGGCCACUACGUCGUGUUUAGCUACCGCUCUGCAGUCCUCAGGGAUCCCUUAUGCACAACCCGCGCGAGCCUUGAGACUCAUCUGCAGGGUAUUUCCUGGACCAAGUUUCCCAAGACGCUGCAGCAGGCAAUGGAAUUAACCAAGAGCCUUGGUUUCCGCUAUUUCUGGAUUGACUUGCUCUGCGUUGUGCAGGAUGACCCCGAGGAAACACUCCGUGAGUCAACAAGAUUAGGCGACGUGAUCGAAGGUGCAACCCUCGUCAUUGCGGACUCAAGGGGAUGGAGUUUCGAGGAGGGCCUUUUCAAUACUCCGAGCAAGCAAAUAUCGCCAACUCUCACCAGGAUACCUUACCACGACGCGGACGGGAUUGCUGAUGGCACGGCGCUGUAUGUUGACUGCGUGGAUCGCAACAACAUGAGCGAUCCAGAUGAGACAGACAGCACGUUUUCCGGAAGGGCAUGGGUCACCCAGGAGUAUUUCAUGGCGCGACGCAUUGCCUUUUUCACUCAUUCCGACACUGUCUGGUCAUGCCGGACAGUUCGUAUAGGGCCCGACGGGAUUCAGGAUAAUCCAAGGAGAAAUCUAAAGAAUCGCAAGUGGUUCGACAUCAUCCAGCACCAUGUGCUCUCCGAGCUGAAGCAUCCCGCGGACCGGCUCCAGUCUUUAGAAAGCAUCAGAACAGCAAUACAGAAGCGGGAUGGUGGGACGCCGUACAGACACGGCAUGUUCGAGAAGGAAUUGCAGACGCAGCUAAUGUGGCGAGUCGUCAAAGGCCGAGCACGAAGAGCUGAGAACCCCGUCUCCGUCCCGUCGUGGUCGUGGGCCUCGAGCAUGGCGGAGAUUCAGUUCUUUGAGUAUCCCGCAGAUCCAGCGCCUUUAUCCAUCAUCAUCCAGUGGGAAAGUUGUGGCAAUAUGGCGUUCAAAGGGGACACGAUAUCAGUGCCGGCAGCAAAGCUGCGGAAGCUGAAGAAGUCGUCCUGGUGGCAGAAGAUGAGGGUGGUUCCAGAACCGUUGACAGAGCCUGAUGACGGCAACUGGGAGAAUACUCUUCGGUUUGAUGAGAUUGAGCCUCCUGGAAAAUUUGCAGGGGCCCUAUUUGGUCUUUUGCUGUGUACAAAGGAGAUGAAGUGGCCGGAUGACCGGUUAUCCUUGAACGAGUACUUUAUCAUCUUGAGGAGGAUAUCGAAAUGGAAUCAGACGUAUGAGAGAAUCGGAGCGGGAAUGUUGACGAGUCAUGGGCGGCUUAUGGAUAAUUUGCCGACGUGGUCGUCAGAUUGUAAAGUGAGGAGUAUUCGGAUUGUGUAG